AUGAUCGCCAACGUCUACCAGCCCGGCGAAGGCAUCUGCGCCCACGUCGACCUCCUCCGCUUCGACGACGGCAUCGCCAUCCUCUCCCUCGAGUCCGACUGCGUCAUGCACUUCACCAACGCCUCCCUCUCCGUUCCCGUUCUCCUCACCCCUGGCUCAUUGAUCCUCAUGUCCGGAGAAGCACGCUACCAUUGGAAACACGAAAUUAAUCGCUCACCGGAGUUUCAGAUAUGGCAGGGUCGACAGUUGACUCAAUCCAAACGCACCUCUAUCACUCUCAGGAAACUCUCUCCCUCCACUCCCUGA